AUGGUUAACGCAUCAGAAUUGGAGUUAACAUUGGAUCGAGUGCCUGUAGAAUAUCCAGCACUCGUAAAAGAAGCAGUUUUGAAGAUAAAUCGUUCAGAAGUUCCGACAAAUUGUGCAACCCUUAACGAUUCCUAUUGCUGGUUCUUAUCUAAAGGCAAACUUCUGAUCUGGGAAAGAAUAAUCAGAAAUCGCAAUUCAAUUCCAAUCGAGCUAACACUUCCACCAUCAGGAUUAUUAUUAUCAACAAAAUGUGUAGUGAUUUAUGAAGUUCCCUCUGCAAAAUCCAGCAAAAAUCCACCAGCAGUUCUUGCGAUUUCCCCAGAAGGUGUUCUUCGUCACUGGCCAUCAAUAAAAUCACAAACUUUCUCGGAGAAAAUCUUGGAUUUAGGAAGUGAAGUUGUUCUUCGUGUAGAACUUGUGGACCGCCCAACUUUUGAGAAAAACGCAAAUUUCAUACUUACCACAACUUCGGGGAGUGUCUAUUUUAUCAGUGGAGGAAAUUUGGAAGCUCACAAAGUUGCUGGAAAAGAGGCACAUGGUAUAAAACGUCGAAUUUCUUCAAUAAUCUUUGGCGGGCUAUCAAAAGAAGUAUCAUUGGUCCGAAACAGUAUUCUUAUUCGAGAAAAUAAUCGGGAUAUAACUCCUCUAAGUAUUUGUAUUUCUCCUGAUUAUCUCACAGUUUAUGAUAUCUCAACAGGAACUGAAGUUUGGACUCUAAAAUCAUCCGAUUUUUUCCAAAACUUUGCGGUAAAUUAUAUCGAAUCUGAUGGAAACACAGCUAGAAAUGUUCGAACUCAAUUAGUUGAUGUGGCUGAAUUUCGAAAUGGUUUUGAUGGUUUUAAUAGCAGCAAGUCAUGAAGAUGCAAAUACCUUCGGAUUAUAUUUGAUCUAUAUUUCUGGAAAUUGGCGACAAGAAAUACCAUUAGAUUCAUCGUGGUCUUGUCGUGUUCCACUUCCAGAAGCUCGCGCAUUGUUUUUGAAAUCCAACGAUUCAAUUUUGUCCAAUUUAACACUUUCGAUUCCCGAAAGAACUGCUGAAUCGAAAACUUCGGAAAGAACUGAUGGAAUUAUGAUAAUUAAUCCGUUUUUUGUGCAAACUAUGUAUGUUCCGGAUGAUUUGGAGAAUUUAGAAGCUUGGAAAUUGACAUUGUGUAAAUCGAUUAGUUUACCGGCUAAUGAUCAAUUAAUUGGUGUUGGUGAGUGUUUUGGGGGCGAGGGUGAAAUCAAAAUCAAGUGAAAAUCGUGAUUUUCUGUCACUAAAAUCCUUGCCUAGCUGAAAAUUCACAAAAAUUUUGAUUUUUUUACUCAAAAAACCAUUGUUGGGGUGUUAGUUUUUAAUUUUCCACCUGAAAAUCACUGGAAAAUAUUUAUUCCUCAUUUUUCAGCCACAUGCAAACAAUAUUGCUACAUUAUGUUACUAAAUUCGGGCGUUGCAACAAUUCGUCUUCUUCCAAAAGGAUUUAGCGGAACUCAAUCUGAUUUUACCACAACAACAACAUCAACGAAUCUCGAAAAUCACCAAAGUUCUCCAAAAACUUCCGGACCCGAAGAUUGGGGAAUUCUAUCGGAGAUUUUAUCAGAAAUGGUUGCCACAGGUCUCCCAAAAACUGUCCAAUUAAAAACUUUGAACAAAGCAUUUGAGCUUUUCGGCGAAAAAGAUAUGGUGAAAUCGAAUUUGGAAUUGACGAAAAUGGUGGAAAAAGUGAGGAAUAAUGGAGAGUUUGCGGCGAUUGUUGAACAAUAUUUGUAUGCGAUUAUUGAUUAUACGGAUGCAGCAAAUACGGUUGAAACUGAAUUGAAUGCUAAACAGAUUUUGACAUCGAGAAUGUUGCUGUUUUUGAAACAUAUGGGAGUUUUUGAGAGGGUUUUGACGGCGAAAAUUAUUGGUGAAGAAGGAGAAGAGAGAAAUGGAGCAGCUGUUUUGGGAGAGGUAACAGAAGGUUUUGGGGUGGGAAAUGCUGAAAAUUAUAAAACUGAUUCACCAACAAAAAAAGAUCAAUUGACGAAAAGUCAAAAUCUAGAAAAUUUACUGUUUCAAAAUUUCUUGAAAUAAAUAAUCUUGAACAUUUUCAUUGAUAAAAUCUUUCAACCAUCUGCAAAAUGCACAAAAUACCCUGAAAUUAAUUUCAGAUAAAUGAACGUGUCGCAGCUUCAUCAUCAAUCUGGAAAUGGAGAAAUAUCGAUAAUACAAAUGCAAAAUUAUUCGAUUUAAUCAUGGAAAAAGCGCUGAGAAGUGUUCCCGAAUGCAUCGAAAUUGGCUUGUCAGAUCGAGACUCGUUUUUCGGAAAAUGUGCAUUUGUUCACACAAUUCCACAAGUUGCACUAAAUCAGUUGACGGCAAUUUUAGCGCGAGAAAAUGGCGCCAAAUUUGAGCAUUUUAAUGCGAUUUGUGAACUGUUUAUUGCGAUUAAAGAAGGAAUAUUGGCGUGGAGAAGGUGAGGAGUUUUGGGGGUGAAAAAUAUGGGGAAAACAAUUUAUUGGCUGAAAAAUCUUGAAGUUUUCCUCACAAAAUAUAAAUUCAAAUAAUUUUUGUGUAAAAAAAUCACGAAUUUUUGAAAAUUCCAAUUUUUUAAAAUAAUUCAAAAUUAUCAAACAAAUAUCAUUUUUCAGUCUAGAUUUUCAACGUGAAAAAGUAGUAAAAUUUAUAACCUGAAAAAUGCGGGAAAAAAUACGUUUCAAUAUAUUUUUAUGAGUUUUGUAGCGAAGUCAAAAAAUAGUGGUUGAAUUUCCCUCUGAGCUCAAAAAAUACUCGAAAAUUUCUCACAUUUGCUCUAAAUUUCACCUUAACUUCCUCAUUUUUUCAGAUCCAAAUGCUCAAUUCCAAAAUCGAAAAACUGGUGGACAAUUCAAUCAAUUCUUCCAAGUUAUCUCGAAAUUUCGCAAAAACUUCGAGACGAAUUAAAAGAUGCAAAAUGUUCGGAAAGUGAAAGAUCUCGAUUAUAUUCAUAUAUUUUAUCGAUUUAUGAUUUUUAUUUGGGAGAAAUUGAUUGGCAACCAAAUGCUGAUCAAAUAUUGAUGGAUAUUAUUUUAUUGGGAAAAGUAUCGGAUGGAUUGGCGUUGGCUGAAAAACACAAAGAUUUUGGAGUGUUGGUGAAAAUUACGUUGAAAUCUGAUCGAAAUACGAGACAAGUUACGCUAAAUCGAUUGAAGAAGUUGUUUGAGUUGGAUGAUUUUGAAAUGUAUUUGUGUGAAUAUUUGAAAACUCAUGGUUCGUUUUUUUGGGGUGGGGGUUUUUAAGAAAAAUGUCUCCUAAAAAUGUCUUCUGUUUCAAAAAAUAUUGAAACUGAAACGCUUUUUGUUGAAAGUAAUGAAAGUUUUCAUAACUUUUCAAAAUUUCAAAUUUACAGAAAGUAACCCAUCUGAUGAAAAAUGUUGAACAUUUUCAUAAAAUACAAUAUUUCCUUAAUUUUUGAGCGGAAAUUUGAGUUUCCAAUCAAAAAUUGACAACGAAUUUUUGAAAGUUGACUAUUUCAAAAUUUUUAGAAAUUUGGUGAAAUUGAAAAAAUUCUACCUGAACUUUGCAGGUCUAAAUGAUGUGCUCCUCGAACAACGUGGUGAACGUGUCGACGCAUAUCUCGACAAUUUCAAAGAACUCCGAUUUUCCCGUGAAAUUUCGAAUAAACAAUAUUCAAAAGCCGCUUAUACAUUAAUGAGUUUGGCCGACAACGAAACUAAGUCUUUCAAAAAAUUCACAGAUUAUUUGAUGCGUGCCUAUUUCUGUGCAAAAGCCGCGAAUCCGGGAGAUCAGGGUGUUCAAGAAGUUUUGCAGUUCUAUAAAAAGCGGCUGCCCGAAUUGAAACAUCGAAAAACAAUUCCGCCGAGUGUUUUUGCGGCGGCUCAUGGAAAUGAUUAUGAUGUUAUGAUGUCGGUUGAGGAAAUGUUGGAAUGGAAUAUGACAUUGCAAGAUGAUCAAAUUGAUGGAUAUAUGAGAGCAUUGCAUUUGUUGGCGGAUUUGAUUGCGGUUGAAGAAACUGGAGAACAGGAAAUGGUUUUGAGAGGUUAGAGAGGGAGAUUUGAAACAUUUCGAGACUAAAUAUGAUUGGGUCUGAAAGAUUAUUCGCGCAGCGGCCACGUGGAAUUAUACGGAAGAUUUGCCACCUCAUAGAAAUCCACAAAAUUCUUCACGGAAUUUCUUUUUAAUAAAAAUGGGGAUUUUCAGACGAGCUCUUAGAAAAAUUCAAAACUUUCUUCUCUCUGAAAACAUGGAAAAUGUGCAUUUUCCCACCGGGAAGCCUCUAUUUUUCUUUCAGAAAUCACUGAUUUUUAAUCGCGGAAGUGAUUUUUCAUAUAAAAACUGGUUUUUUUCGGUGAAAAAAGUUGCUGUUUCAAAAUUAUUUUCUGUGUUUAUCAAUCUAGAUUCAAUUUAUUGGAUUUGAUACGGGUGUUUUAGAAAAAUUUCAGUAAUUUUUCAAAAAUAGAUCUUUUUGUAGAACGAGUUGAUUCGAUUUGGCAACAAUUAUUGGAUUCAGAAGAAUGGAAUCGAGUUAAAAUUCGAGAAGAUAUUGAAAAUAAGACGAAUUUCGGACAAUUGUGCACAGCGCUGAUAUCGAGUUUUUCGCAUGAAAGUGAGUUGGCACUAAGUUGAACUGGGAAAUUUUGGGGAUUUUUUGAACUAAAAAGUAGAGAAAACUUCGUAAUAAUCUAGUUUUCAGAUAAUUUUUUUGAAAUUUAUCAUCUCCAGUUGAAAAUAUCUUCUAAAAUCCCUUUUUUUGUUGCAGAAGGCAGCAGUUUUCCGAAAUGGAUGCCGAACGAGCGACUUACGAUAAUUCCUCGAAAUUUUGAUGAUAUUUUGGCGAAAUGUGAAUUUGAUAUGGAUGGAAAACACGGUGCUUGGAUUAAAGCGCACAUGAAAUUUGUUGGAGGAGAAUUGAGAAAACAGGCCGAUUUACCAGAGGUUUGUGUUGAGGGUUUUAUGGGAAAGAUUUAUUUAUUUUUGUAAAACUGAUUUUUGAAUACAAAAUCCCUGAAAAUGUUCCGUUUUGUUCUUGUUCAUAAUUUUUGUUCUUCAAAAAAUUUCACUGUAUCAAAAAAAUUAUGAUUUUUGAUUAUUUUCAAUUUUUUUGAUUAAUAAUCGAUUAUUGAUUUAUAUCAAUCAAGCUUCUCAAAUUUUCAUGGAAAUUUACCUCGAGCAAUGUGAAUUUUUAAUUUCAAAAUUUGAUAACCAUUCUUUUUCAUAUGAAAAAAUCUCACUGUUUCAAUUGAAAUUGAUGAAGUUUUGCAGGGUUUAUCAGUUUGAAAAACUCAUUUUGUUUUUUAAUUGUGGACUUUUCAACUCUAGUUUUCACGUGAAAAAAGUUGCUUGACAGAAGUUUGGAAUUUUUUAAUUCUAGAAAAUCUCACUGUUUCAGGAAGUUUUAUAAGUGUUGAACAUUUUUGAUCAGUUGUUAUCCAAUUCAACUUUUCCUAAUCCAAGAGUAUCCAACUACAAACCACAAUUUUUGCACAAUAAACCGUUUCUAAAAAAUUACUUUGCUUUUCGGAACCAAAACUCAUGAAAAUAUAGUUUACGAAAAUUAUUAUGAAAAAUCUCACUGUUUCAAAAAAUUUAUGAGUUUUAAUGUGUUUUUGAAAUAUGUUAUCACGGGGCGAAGAUUCACAACUUAAUCAAAAAUUAUCAAUUAAUCUGAAAAAAUCAAUUUUUUAUUUUCAGGAAGCAUUUUAUCAUCCAGACAGUGUGAAUACCGGGUCAACAUCAUCGGCUGUUUUGAAUUGGUUCAAACCAAUGAUGGAAUUGCGAGAACAAAGAUGGGCGAAUUCAAUCGAAGCCUAA